GGCUCGCCCCACCCCGGCGGGGGCUCCUACCUGGCUUCCUCGACCGCGCGCCCACCCCGCCCCUCCGCCCGGGGCCGGCGAGAAGAGCAGGUCGGGGAGGGGCGCGUCGGGUGACGGAACAGAAGCCGGGGAGCCGCGGCCCUUCCCGCCUCCGCCUCGGCCCCGCGGCCGCUCGGGAGGGAGCGGAGGACUCGGAACUCGCGCGCGCCGCGGCCCGGGCCGGAGCCUCCGCCUCGGUCCCGCCCCCGCCUCCGCCCGCCGGGGACGCCGGGGAACCCUCGGGACCCAGGGACAGCGAGAGACCCCGCCCCGCCCUAUCGCGGCCGCCAGGCCUGGUCACGCGCAGAGCCGCGCCGCGGGAUCGGGGCCAGCGCCGGGCGGAGGCGGGACGGGGACGGGGCGGAAGGUAGAAACCGCGCGGCCGGGCAGGGGCGCGCCGAGCCGAACCCAGCCACGCGGCGCCAGCGAGGCGGCCGGACCCGCAGCCCCGAUGCUGCCGACGCUGGCCUCGGGCGCGCUCUUCUUCCCGGGGCUCUUCGCGCUCUGCACCUGGGCGCUGCGCUGCUCCCGGCCCGGAUGGAGCCGCACCGACUGCGUGAUGAUCAGCACCAGGCUGGUUUCCUCGGUGCACGCCGUGCUGGCCACCGGCUCGGGGAUCGUCAUCAUUCGCUCCUGCGACGACGUGAUCACCGGCAGGCACUGGCUUGCCCGGGAGUAUGUGUGGUUUCUGAUUCCAUACAUGAUCUAUGACUCAUACGCCAUGUACCUCUGUGAUUGGUGCCGAACCAGAGACCAGAACCGUGGGCCCUCCCUCACGCUUCGAAGCUUCCUAAGUCGAAACCGCCUCAUGAUCACACAUCAUGCGGUCAUUCUCUUCGUCCUUGUGCCAGUCGCACAGAGCCUUCGGGGAGACCUCGGGGAUUUCUUUGUCGGCUGCAUCUUCAUGGCAGAACUGAGCACUCCAUUUGUGUCACUGGGCAGGGUUCUGAUUCAGCUAAAGCAGCAGCACACCCUUCUGUACAAGGUGAAUGGAAUCCUCACACUGGCCACCUUCUUUUGCUGUCGGAUCCUUCUCUUCCCCUUCAUGUACUGGUCCUAUGGCCGCCAGCAGGGACUAAGCCUGCUCCAAGUACCCUUCAGCAUCCCCUUCUACUGCAACAUAGCCAAUGCCUUCCUCGUAGCUCCUCAGCUCUACUGGUUCUGUCUGCUGUGCAGGAAGGCAGUCCGGCUCUUUGACACUCCCCAAGCCAAAAAGGAUGGCUAAAUGCUCCUGGGAGUCAGGCGCAGCCUCACACCAGCUGCCUCCUCCACUCAGCAUUCCAUGGACUGAAUUGUGCCCUGGGUGGCCUCAGACUUUUGGGUAUUGAUAAGCAGAUGGAUUUGAGUUUUUCUAAAGAAUAUUCGUAUUACCUCCUUCUUCUAACUUGCCCUAUUUGCAAAAGCACUUUUAUAGUAACAACUAUUGGGUCCUGUCAGACCUCCACGGACAGCAAAGUGUUUUUAAUGCAAGCCCAAAGAUCCUUUGGGUCUUAUCUCAAGAGUUCUGGGAGGUGGAAGCAUGGGGUGUGAUCGGUGGACCAGGGUGAUAAGUGUCUGCGCAUCUGCCUGUCCCUAUAUCGGCAGCUACCUACCUUUCCAACCACUCAGGGCAGUACCCACGGCACUGGACCCACAGAAGCAAGGGAUGACUUGGUUCUUGGAAGUAAUGUCUUCUUGUGACAUUGGCCUGGGACAAUCACUGUGGGUAGGUAGUUUUUGUUCGUUUACUAGAUAACCCAUUGCUUCUUUGCGUCAUCCUGUCAUCCAUGGGUCAGAGUUGAAUUCUUAUGUCUACUGACUUCCAAUCAGAAGUCUCACUGGUGGGGCUGGGGGUGGGGGCAGGCAGGAGGCAAGGAUGGGAACCUGAGUAGGUAGUGUGGCCAAGAGGCCAGCACAACCUUUGCAGGCUGACUUGUUAAGUCUGACAGUGUCAAACUUGUGAGCUUACUGCUGUCAGUCACAGAUACUAUUCUUUUUAACACACCCCUUCAUGCCCAGUUUUCCCCAUAUCCAUAUGCAGAGUACGUGCUCAUAAAAACUACAGCGACAACAUGAAAUGAAGGCUUUGGUAGAUGUUUACUGGGUAACCCCACUCUAUGACACUGUCCUUUUCAUGUGAUGUGGAAACCAACUUCUGUACUCCAAACCACAAACUGUGUCAUCCAGACUGCAGAGUACUGGAGUACUCAUCCUCCUGAUAUGCCAGAGCUUGUGGUCCAAGGCCCAUUCCUGUGUGAGUGUCCUGCCAUUUAGCCACAGAAGGCUCCAGAGCGAGGGGGCAGCCAGCCUGGCCAGAGGCUGUCCUGUGGACCGACACCUGCGCCCCCUUCUGCAAGCAGGAUUUUCUGGUGCCAACACUCAUCAUUCCCUAUCAACUAGGAUGUGUUUGAGACUGUGCUACCAUGUGUUCUCAAGUGGUAGUUUAAAAAGUGGAUUUUUAAAGUGCCUUUUAAUUAAUUGUGAACGUCUAAAGGACUGAAUGAUGUCUCAUUUUGACUGUUUAGUCUUUAAUUGAUACCAUUUAAAGAACAAAAUGCU